GCCGUUGCGUAGAAACAGAUAAACAGGUGCGACAGAAUGGUGUGUCACAGCUUGCAGAAAAUCGAUCGAAAUCUCAUGCUUUCACUUCAAUUUCCCUAUUGAGUUGAUUGGCUUUUGAAUCUACCAGAUGUAAUUUCUAUAUAACAGUAAUACUUUAAAAAGACUCUAUGACAUAUGCUGAGAAAAUAUUCAUUUUGUCGACUGAUGCUGCAAUGUUUACAUGGAAAGUGCCCCGCCCCCUCCUUUAGCAUGAUCUGGCAUGAUUUUAAAGUGUUCUAUAUUCAUGUCAUGAAGGAUUAAGUCCUGAUACGUUCUGUAUUGAUUAUUUACUACAAAUGAGAGAAUAUUCUAAAUACCUUGCAUGUAUCAUAUAUGCUUAUUGGAUAUAUAAACUGCUUGCUUUGAUGUAAAAUAAUGACACAGCACUCAGAAAAGUGAAGUUUAUGGAUUUAACCGUGUUCGAACGUCGAUAACAUUUAUACAGAAAGUGAUAGAGUUAUCUGUCUGUUAUCAAUAUUGAAUAAUAAUAAUAUGGCACAAUAGAAAAUACUUCUCCUGAGACGGAACAAAUGUGAUUGUAUUGAAAGUUGACGUUGUUUGGAUAAUAUUGACAUCCAACUACAAGAGCUGCCAUUACUUUGAGAAAUGCAGAUAACUUGAUGGAGAGAUAUAUCAAAAUAUUGGCAUUUUUCUGUAUUUGCAUCUCAGCCGCCGGAGGGUCCUCCACCCCUUCGCCAGACCAAGCGGCCACAUGCAACCCGCCGUGCAAGAAACAGCAAUACUGUGCUACAGCUGGACUCACCUGUCUAGACUGCCACGAGUCAUGUGACGGCUGCCACAUUUUCGGGAACAACCACUGCUUCCAGUGCCGGCUAGGCUUCUAUAACGUGAGCGGGACGUGCAGACCGUGCCCGGAUAACCGGUUCGGGCCGGAUUGUGCAUCCACGUGUCACUGUCUGCAGGGGACGGACGACUGUGACCCGACGAACGGUCAUUGUGCAAGCUCCCAGUGUGAGCACGGCUGGCAGGGAGUGCCCACGUGCCAAACACCAUGCAAGAAUCUAACGUACGGAUCCGGCUGUUUGUCCGCCUGUCACUGUCCGCUCGGAGACACCUGUUCUCCCAUCAAUGGAUUGUGUUCCGGGGGUACAUGCGCAGUAGGAUGGUCCGGCUCCGGCUGUCAAAAUGAGCUACUACAACUGUCGGACCCACUGGAAGUGAGUCACGUGACAUGCGACAACGUGACCGUCACGUGGCUAGCCUGGCGGUCAGGCGUUGACCGGGGGAAUGUUGACGCGGUGAUUUCCCAUUACGAGUUGUACUCAUCAUAUCGGGUAAACAACACGGUGGCCAGCUGGACGCUCAAUAUGAAGGUGCAACCGGAAGCCGGGCGGGAUAACUACUCGGUGACGAUAACGGCCCUGGAACCGGAUGCGUUUUACAAGUUCCGGGUGGACAUCCGCCAGAUGGCGCCCGGUGGCAAGGAAAUGAAAGAGAUUCUACAGGGCCGUGUUAUGGACCCCGUUUACAUCCCCUGUACAGUAACGACGACGACAACAACAACAACUGCUGCCCCACCCACCACAACCAAAAAACCCUCAGCUUUCCUUAAUGAUUCCCUCACUGAGGUGAAGGCUGAAGUCGACCCCGGAAGCGGGAACAUCACCAUGACAGUCACAUGGGUAAUCAACGACGAAUGGGAGAACGAGACCUUGAACUUUCACCUCAAUGUCACAGAGGUCAAACACGUAGGGACAACAUGUGGCAACUUUGAGAACCCGAGAUCUUACGAGAGCGAGGUGACGGGCGCCACUAUGUACGAGUUUACGGAGGCCCUGCUAGCAUGGACGGAAUACAUCGUGACCAUCACCACUAGGAGGCCCGGCUUGAAUCUCUCUGAUCCAUACCCCGUCGUCAAGACGGAACAGACGCCCGAACGCGUUCCAGUCGUUGAAGUACGAGAUGUGAAUGCCACAGACAUAGAAACGCACGGUGUGACAUUAAGAUGGCCUCACUUGAGCUGCAGUGAACGGAACGGAGCGUUACUCUACUACCGAGUCCUACUGUACCGACUGGGAAAUCAGAUGAUAAUUGGGAUUAACACAACAGCGACAACCUGGACAGCCAUUGAAAACGGCGACCUGUUCUAUAUCAAAACUGUUACGGGCUUGAAGCCCUAUACGGAGUACGUUGCUAACGUAGUUUACGUCAACGCGGCCGGACGAGGACCGGAUAUGACCAACCUGACUCAAUUUCGGACAAAUGAAGGCAUUCCGAAUCCACCCACAAUACAAGCCGUCUCAGUGGCGGUAAAAGACAUUACCAUAACGCUGAAAACGCCUGACGUCACCAACGGCGUCCUGACGUCAAUAACGAUAGAGGUGCACUUGUCUAACGAGACGAGCGGAAAAAAGAAUGUGUUGCCGGCGACUUCCAGUGUGACAGAGUACACGCAAACCAUCGCUAACCUUCAGCCUAACACGCAAUACACUGUCAAGGCCUACGUUAGCACUUUGGCCGGUCAGAGCCCGGCGUCAGUUAGUAAGAACAUCACCACAUACAAGUCCGUGCCUCCGCAAUCCACAGACGUCGCAUCAGACGAAAAUUUCAGGAACGAGUCGUGCAUCAAACUGACGUGGAAAAAUGACGACGACGAUGUUUUUAGAUACGAGGUUCAUUACGAGGAAAGGGGGAUUAUAGAUUCUGACGUCAUGGGGCUGAACACAACAGACACGCAGGCGCUGAUAUGUUACCUGACGCCCGGUGCCUUCUAUGACUUCACCAUUAUCGCUGUCAGCAAAGCCGGCCCUGGCCUCCAAACAACGGCAACGUUCUCAGUGGAACAGCCAGACCCACCGCUGCCCAAAGUACCGGAAAUAAUUAAAACAACGUCUUCAACAAUAACUGUAGCGUUGGACCCUGUAGUUCUGACAUCAACUGCGUAUAAAUACGGAUAUUUGCUCGCAAUAAGAGAUGUGACAAGUGACGUCACGCGCACAAAACGUGCAACCAGCCGCAGCAACGAGACAUGUCCUGGCGUGAAUGAAAUACCCGGCAACGUGAUUAGGAAUUUCUCCCAUUCUGAGAUUCCAACUAGAAUUAUCUUUGUCAUCGGGAAUGAGUCUUAUGCCGAUGGUGUUUACGAGAAUCAGCCGCUAACUAAAGACCAUUUCUACCAUAUAUACUAUCUGAUUACUAGCUAUUUUCAAAACGUUUGCAAAUACCAAUUUGUUGGCACUAUAAACCCAGUUAAGGUGGCCCCAGCGGAAGUAAUUGUAACGCCAGCACCGAUGGUAGUAACGGAGGAAUCCAGCAACACCGCUUGGAUAAUAGCAGUCAUCGUGAUCGUCCUUCUUCUAGUCAUUAUAAUUGUCGUCAUUGUCAUCCUGUUCUGUAUACGGAGACGUCAAUCAGGACAGAAGUACGAGCAAUAUGUGAAUGAGAAGGAGGACUUUAAUAUGAAGGUCUACAACAGAGUCGACGACUACGACCCACACAAGUACUGGAACACGGUGUAUUCUCUACGAGAAAGCCGCUAUAUAGUGGCCGGUCGCGAGUAUUUACCAUCGGAACAAAAGCACGCGAUGAACGGGCAGGUUGCCAUAACUAACGGCGGUCCUCCAAUUACGUUCCACGACGAAUUCUCCAGCCUGCCACACGGUCCCCAGCUUCCACACAUGGCCGCAAUCCAGCAUGAAAACGGUCCGAAAAACAGGUUCCACCACCUCCUCCCUUACGACCAAACAAGAGUGAUACUGGAUGUCGAUGAAAACUGCGACAGUGAUUACAUAAACGCGAACUUUAUAAAGGGCUAUAAGCAUCAGAGAGCGUAUAUCGCGUCACAAAGUCCGUAUGACGACGAUACGGUGCUAGAUUUUUGGAGAAUGAUUUACCAGUAUGAGGUAAAGGUUGUCGUAAUGAUGGCAAACAUAGUUGAGGACAAUAUAGUUAAGUGUACACAGUACUGGCCCAAUAGCGGCCGGGUUCAGUAUGGACAUUUCCUAUUGGACCAUGUAGAUACGCAGGAGUACGCGUCUUACGUCAUUCGCACGGUGCGCGUCAAACAGCGAGGGGAGAAGGAAUGGCAAGUUGUGUAUCUGUUUGAGAUGACGUACUGGCCGGAACAUGGCGUCCCUGACGACCCGAUCCCGCUCCUAGAGAUGCGACACAAGGUGAAUGACUACCAAAACCAGUCCAACAAACCCAUAGCUGUCCACUGUGGGACGGGCGUCAGUCGCAGCGGUGUGUUCAUCGCGGUGGAUUCUUUGCUGGACCAGUAUGAGGCUGAAGGGAGAAUCAGUGUAUUCUCGUUUGUAAGACGGAUGAGGAAAGAAAGAGUUAACAUGGUGCGGACUGUGAAACAGUACGUAUUCAUAUAUGAAACUAUCUUUGAAGCAAUGCAUGCGGGAAAUACACUGACAGGCCCGGAUGACUUGAAAGAACGGUAUCACUAUUUGACGCAGAAGAACCCAGCAAAUCACCAUUCCUAUCUCCACGGACAGUUUCGAGGGCUUGUUGAUUUUACAAGAAAGCUCUUCCCCACCUCUUGUACUGGUGCUUUCCUUCCAGCAAACUUGAACAAGAACCGCUUUAUAGAGAUUGUUCCCCCUGAUAUGUACCGCCCCGUGCUAUACACGCCGGGCGGUAUAGGCCGAACGGACUUCAUUAACGCCUUGUUCCUGGACAGCCACCGGAAGAACUCGCACUUUAUAAUCACACAGACCCCGCUACACACAACCGUGAUCGACUUCUGGAAGCUUGUGUACGACCACCAGAUCCACACCAUCGUCAUGAUGGAACCAAUGAUGUAUGAGGAUGACACGUGCGCGGAGUAUUGGCCGGAAGACCAUAUGAAGCAAUAUGAGCCAUUCUUCGUAGAAACAGCGGACGUCUAUCAGCAAGAAAACAUCACAAUCCGUAACCUCAAACUCACCUCAAUGAGUCAUCCAAAAGACCCGCGCCAUAUUCGCCAGUUCCAAUUUAACGCUUGGUCCGACUCGGAGUUCAUACCGAAGUCGAAAUCCAUGUUUCUCGACGUCAUAGAUCUUGUCAACGACUGGCAGACCGUGAACAACAACGACACCACCCCGAUCCUUGUCCACUGUAAGGACGGGGCGACCCACAGCGGGCUGUAUAUCGCAUUGAGCGUCCUGUGUGAGAAGAUCCAGUCGGAAAAUGAGGUUGACGUCUACCACACCGUCAAACACCUCAAGCGGAGACGUACACAGAUCAUAGAUACGCUGGACCAGUACCGGUUCUGCUACAAGGCGCUGUGGGAUUUCAUCAACAUGCGACUUUCGGGCGGCACCCUUACCGACCAGAUGUCCCGUACACGCAUGGACCGACCCUACAACAGCCUCAGCCUGGAAUCCUACACUUCCGGUCAGGAAUAUAUGCCCUAUUAGACGGAAACAGGUCACCCUGAGAUGAAACCCAACUUCUGCCGAGCAUCUUCGCUGUUUUGGGCUGCUCGUCCGAUUUCGAAAAAAAAACAGUCAUUGUAAUCGACUUGGGUUAAUUGUCUUCAUGCAAAACCUUUAUUUUUGACUACAAGUCCAUACUCAUUUUAUUUAUUCAUAUGAAACAUUGUACACGUGUUACCGGUAUCAAAACGCACAUGAUGGUAAAGGCCCGUGACGCUGGCUUGAAUAGCCUUCGAGUAGGGCUUCUUAUUUAACUGACUAUAAGAUAAACAAACGAGCGUUGGCUGGCUGUGUGACAACAGCUCCGUCGAUCUGCCGCAACGGCGAUGUCACGUUAUCCAUUGUUUAAUUUAUUUUUAAUACUGCAUGUUCAAACAAAUGUGUGUAUAUGUCCGUGAACAAAGUUCCGUCUUACAAACUAAAUAAACUACACAAUUAACGACAGGAUUCGUAUGGCAAUAUCAAUAUCUGAUAGUUUGAAGUGGCAUUUCAAACUCUUAAUUGCAUGUACACCAUAUUUUAUAGUUCCUAUUCGGUCAUUGUGUAUUGCUGUUUGUUUAUGAUUUUACAGCACUGUUUGGUAUCAUGACAGGAAAUGUACAAACACAAUACUCUAGAAAAGGUGCUUGACAGAUGUCUUGAUAUUUAAUAUUUAUUUAAAAUAAGAAUACACGUUCUGCAAACUCAAUAUCGGGAUGUAACUGCUCAAGCGUUUCACAGAUCUUCCAGUGAAACAGAUAUUUCGAACACUGGUGCUACCCUCCAGCAGGAUCGUUGUACAAUUACGUUUAGUUACUUAUUAAAUUUACAAAUACAAUAUAUGAAUCACUCUCGUUGGCACAAUGUUACACGAGAGUGGGAUCUUGUAUUGUGGGGGAAACCGGAGUACCCGGAAGAAACCCACUUAUCCGGCUUGUUGACCACAAACCAAACUCAGGCCGGGAAUCGAACCCAGGUCGCCUAGUUGAGAAGCAAGUGCGCUAACCGGACAAACAAUUACGUUUAAUGGUGCUUACAGAGGGGGGGGGGGGGGGGGUGUUGAUGUUUGCGUAGCUUCAACUUAAAUAUAUAACAUUGUUACAAGGUCAAGUUCCAUUUGCUUUGGCAGUGUUCAUAUAUUUGAGGACCUCAUUUGUUUACAUUAGAAAUAAAGUGUUUGCCUGUUAGUUAUGAACCUAUUAUACUGGCAUAGCUGUGAUAUCUAUAUUCUUUAUACUGUCUCAUGAUUUUUAUUGUACAUAAUAUUAUUAGUGUUGCAGGAGAAUAGUUCUUGCAAGGUUUUUUGUUCAAGUAGAAAUCUCCACACUUCCAAGUGUAUGGUUGUAUUUCAGGUAAUAGUUCCUCCAUGUAUGCGACGUGAAGUUUUUGUUUUCAGUUCCGUAUUUCAGGCCUGUGGCCUUCAUUAUCAAUAAACCACAACUGACUUGACUAUUAUCCAAAAUAAAUGAUCAUACUAUUAUUCACAGGCACUGCAUUGCUAAAAUCCGCAUUUAUUUAUCUUUGUUUAGUUUGUAUAUUGUUUUAAUUUCAAUAUGUUAUGCUUUUAAGAAUAAUAAAUAUUUCCAACCUA